UCCGGCUCCCAUGUGUCUCCGAGCCCGCUGCGCAGCCCUCGCUCCGCUUCUCCGCACCUUUCGGCCUGCUCCUGCUGCGGCCAUGAGCACUGGCACUUUCGUUGUGUCGCAGCCGCUCAAUUACCGCGGCGGGGCCCGCGUGGAUCCCGCGGACACCUCCGGCACCGAGAAGGCGUUCGAGCCGGCAACCGGUCGAGUGAUAGCCACCUUCACUUGCUCAGGAGAGAAGGAAGUAAAUUUGGCUGUGCAAGAUGCCAAGGCCGCCUUUAAAAUAUGGAGUCAGAAAUCUGGCAUGGAGCGCUGUCGAAUUCUUUUGGAGGCGGCCAGGAUAAUAAGGGAACGGAAGGAUGAAAUCGCCACUGUGGAGACCAUCAACAAUGGCAAGUCCAUCUUCGAGGCCCGCUGGGACAUCGACACUUCAUGGCAGUGCCUCGAGUACUAUGCGGGCUUGGCUGGAUCCAUGGCUGGCGAGCAUAUCCAGCUCCCAGGCGGAUCGUUUGGUUAUACCAGAAGAGAACCGCUUGGCGUCUGUGUGGGAAUAGGCGCGUGGAACUACCCCUUCCAGAUCGCCUGCUGGAAGUCGGCGCCGGCCUUAGCAUGUGGUAACGCCAUGGUCUUCAAGCCCUCUCCCUUCACGCCGGUGUCGGUGCUGCAGCUGGCCGAAAUCUACACGGAGGCCGGCGUGCCCCCCGGGCUCUUCAACGUGGUUCAAGGAGGGGCGGCCACGGGCCAGUUUCUGUGUCAGCAUCCUGACGUGGCCAAAGUCUCCUUCACCGGGAGUGUGCCCACCGGCUCGAAGAUCAUGGAGAUGUCAGCUAAAGGAAUCAAACCUGUCACAUUGGAACUGGGAGGCAAAUCUCCCCUGAUCAUCUUCUCCGAUUGUGAUAUGGAGAACGCUGUGAAGGGGGCGCUGAUGGCUAACUUCCUCACGCAAGGCGAGGUUUGUUGUAAUGGCACAAGAGUAUUUGUGCAAAAGGAAAUUCUUGAUGAAUUUACAAGAGAAGUAGUGAAACGGACCCAAAAGAUAAAAAUCGGAGAUCCCCUUCUGGAAGAUACGAGGAUGGGUCCCCUCAUUAACCGCCCACACCUGGAGCGAGUCCUUGGGUUUGUUAAGCUGGCAAAGGAGCAGGGUGCUAAAGUGCUGUGUGGUGGAGACAUACAUGUACCCGAAGAUCCCAAAUUGAAGGAUGGAUAUUACAUGAGACCUUGUGUACUGACUAAUUGCAGAGACGAUAUGACCUGCGUGAAAGAAGAGAUCUUUGGACCAGUUAUGUCCAUUUUACCAUUUGACACUGAAGCUGAGGUUCUGGAAAGAGCCAAUGAUACCACUUUUGGCUUAGCGGCUGGUGUCUUUACCAGGGACAUCCAGCGCGCUCACAGAGUGGUGGCCAGGCUGCAGGCCGGGAUGUGCUUCAUUAACAACUACAACGUCAGCCCAGUGGAGCUGCCCUUCGGCGGGUAUAAGAAGUCAGGUGAGGCGCUGGCUGGCAAGCGCGAGGGCAAACCGGGUCUCUGGGGACAUGGGGACAUCCAGCGCGCUCACAGAGUGGUGGCCAGGCUGCAGGCCGGGAUGUGCUUCAUUAACAACUACAACGUCAGCCCAGUGGAGCUGCCCUUCGGCGGGUAUAAGAAGUCAGGUGAGGCGCUGGCUGGCAAGCGCGAGGGCAAACCGGGUCUCUGGGGACAUGGGUGUCAUUCAGACCCUACAGACCAGCUUCCCAAACAUGGCUGUGUAUCAGAAUCAGCUGGGACAGUGUCCUGA